AUGCAAAAAUGACUUUUUUCUACAAAUCACAAAAAUAUUGGAAUUUUAUAUUUUAUCUUUGGUAUUUGGGCAGGAAUAUUAGGAACAUCUUUAAGAUUAAUUAUUCGAGCUGAAUUAGGAACCCCAGGACCAUUAAUCAAUAAUGAUCAAAUUUAUAAUUCAAUUGUAACUGCACAUGCUUUUAUUAUAAUUUUCUUUAUAAUUAUACCAAUUAUAAUUGGAGGAUUUGGUAACUGAUUAAUUCCUUUAAUACUUGGAGCUCCUGAUAUAGCAUUUCCUCGAAUAAAUAAUAUAAGAUUUUGAUUACUCCCCCCAUCUUUAACAUUACUACUAAUUAGUAGAGUAAUUAAUCAAGGAGUAGGAACAGGAUGAACAGUAUACCCCCCAUUAUCAAAUAAUCUCUAUCAUAGAGGACCAUCAGUAGAUUUAGCUAUUUUUUCUUUACAUUUAGCAGGAAUAUCUUCAAUUAUAGGUGCAAUUAAUUUUAUUUCAACUAUUAUUAAUAUACGACCACUAGGAUUAAAUUUAGAUCAAAUAUCUUUAUUUAGAUGAGCUGUAGGAAUUACAGCUAUUUUACUACUAUUAUCUCUUCCUGUCUUAGCAGGAGCUAUCACUAUACUUUUAACAGAUCGAAAUUUAAAUACUACAUUUUUUGACCCUGCAGGAGGUGGAGAUCCAAUUUUAUACCAACACUUAUUUUGAUUUUUUGGACAUCCAGAAGUUUAUAUUUUAAUCUUACCUGGAUUUGGUAUAAUUUCCCAUAUAAUUUUUUCAGAAACCGGAAAAAAAGAAACCUUUGGUAUAUUAGGAAUAAUCUAUGCAAUAACAGCAAUUGGAAUUUUAGGAUUUGUAGUUUGAGCACAUCAUAUAUUUACAGUAGGUAUAGAUGUAGAUACUCGAGCAUAUUUUACAUCUGCAACAUUAAUUAUUGCAGUACCCACUGGUAUUAAAGUAUUUAGUUGAUUAGCAACCUUACAUGGUUUUAAAUUUAAUAAUUCCCCAACAAUAUUAUGAUCAAUUGGAUUUAUUUUUUUAUUUACUUUAGGAGGUUUAACAGGAAUUACUUUAGCAAAUUCAUCAAUUGAUAUUAUUUUACACGACACAUAUUAUGUAGUUGCUCAUUUUCAUUAUGUACUAUCUAUAGGAGCAGUAUUUGCUAUCAUAGGUGGAUUUAUUCAUUGAUACCCUUUAAUUACAGGAUUAACAUUAAAUCCUUUUUGAUUAAAUAACCAAUUUAUAUUAAUAUUUAUUGGUGUCAAUACUACAUUUUUUCCUCAACAUUUUUUAGGAUUAUCAGGAAUACCACGACGAUAUUCAGACUAUCCUGAUGCCUUUUUAUCUUGAAAUAUUAUCUCAUCAAUUGGAUCAUUAAUCUCUUUAAUAAGAAUUAUAAUAUUUAUUUUUAUCUUAUGAGAAUCAUUAAUUUCUAACCGACAAAUCAUUUUUAAUGAAAAUAUAAUUUCAUCAAUCGAAUGAUUACAAAAAUUUCCACCUAUGGAACAUAGAUAUACAGAAUUACCAAUUCUAAUUAAAU